GAGUUUUGUACUAUAAAUCAGAGCUCCUAUACUUGAAAACCCAAAACACAGAGAAGUGAAGAAAUGGAGUUAGAUUUGUGGAGUAUUGCUAUAAUUGUGGUAACAUUUGUUGUUUCAUUUGGAUUCCUUAAGAAAGCUUAUGAGAGAUUAGGGCAGCAGCAGCUUAAGUCCCUCCCUCCAGGUGAUAUGGGAUGGCCAUUGAUUGGGAAUACGUGGUCUUUCAUAAGAGCUUACAAAUCCCAAAACCCAGAAUCUUUCAUCAACAAUUUGAAGAAAAGGUACGGUAAAACAGGGAUUUACAAGACCCAUUUGUUUGGGAAGGCAAGCAUCAUAGUUUGCAGUGCGGAGUUAUGUAAGAAAGUGUUGACAGAUGACAAUAACUUUCAAUGGGGCUACCCUGUUUCAAAUCUGAUUCUGGGUGAUGUGCCAUUCGACUACAUGUCUAGUCACAGGCGACUUCACAGGCUAGUGACAGCGGUUCUCAAUCAACACCAACCCCCUUCAUCGCAUUUAGGGACCAUUGAGAAAAUCGUUAUCAACACACUGGAAGAAUGGAGUAAGAUGAAGGAACCGAUCCUUUUCGUUCCUGAGGUGAAUAAGUUUGUGUUCAAACUCAUUAUAGCCAUCUUUCUUGGCUCUGGAACUGACGAUAAUCAAAUUGCAUCCAUGGAGGAGUAUUAUAGAAAAGUAUACUAUGGAUUACAUACCACUCCCAUUAACAUCCCUGGUUUUGCAUAUCAUAGAGCAGUCCAGGCAAGGAAGGUGCUGGUGAAUAAGAUUCGAGGUGUAUUGGGUGAAAGGAGAGAGAGGAGAUGUAAUGACCCCGACCCAAACACAGGCAUAAUCGACUUUUUGGAGAAAGGUGAUUAUGAGGAUGGUAGACCUAUGAGCCAUGAACACCUUGUUGUUUUGUUAAUCGGGCUCUUCAUUGCGGGUCGUGAAACUACAUCUCGAACGGCUAUAUGGGCCACCAUCUAUCUCCAUAAUCAUCCCCAUCUGUUGCAUAAGGCCAAGGAAGAGCAAGAGGAAAUCGUGAAAAGAAGACCUUCUUCCCAGAAAGGUUUAACCUUCACCGAAAUUAAACAAAUGAAAUAUCUAUCCAAGGUGAUUAAUGAGACACUACGAAUACGCACCAAUAAUUUUUCAAUCUUUCGAGAAGCAAAAAAUGUAACUUAUCUCAAUGGCUACCAGAUACCACAAAGCUGGAAAGUGUUGGUAUGGACAAGUGCAGUUCAUAUGGACCCUGAAAUUUAUCCCAACCCAAACCAGUUCCUUCCUUCAAGAUGGGAUGAUUUUAUACCCAAAGCAGGGGCUUUUCUACCCUUUUCAACAGGAAGUAGUACCUGUCCUGGAGCUGAUUUGGCCAAACUUGAAGUCACCAUUUUCCUUCAUUAUUUCCUCCUCAACUAUAAGCUUGUACAACUUAAUCCAGGAGGUCCUGUUAAUUAUUUCCCUUCACCAGAUCCAGUCGAUAACUGUCCUGCCAAAAUCAUUAAGAUCCGUUGAUUAUGCUUUACUACUUUAGUUCAUAAUAAAAAGGUUCCCAGCUUCUAAUUUCCAGUUUUAGUGUAGCUAACACAGUCUAUGCAAUAAAAAAGACAAACAUGUGUUCCGUUCUAGGUGCCAAUUUUAAAAUUUUGGUCUUACUCAAAGGAUUAUUGUUAAAUUUUUUAAGUUUUCUUAUUUCCAAAAUUUGAUUUGGUAAA